GUAGAGAGAAUCACCAUGUAUCUUUAUCCCCAAUUUGACUGUAGAUUUUGGCAAGCAGACUAUCCUGGCUUUCUGUGUCUAACUUCGAAAUAGGAGCAGAUAGAAACCUGGUCACAGUUCUGUGGUCACAAGGACUUUUUUAGUGUUAGCAGCUGUGAUGCUCAAGGAGACAGGAAGGUGUCCAAAUAAAAACACUUUCUGAGAACAACUACAGCAAGCUACAAGGGCCACUUCUCUGCUGAAAUUCCUUUCCUCUGCUAUGUGACCGGGUGCUUCCCAGGAAGAAAGACUAUUAGCAGUAAGUUUGCCGAACUACUUCCUUACAAUGGCAGAGAGGUCACAUGGAUCCAGCAACUCCCCAGGAGGCCAAGAAAAGAGCAGGAGAGAGAUCCUGAGGUCCACCAAGAGGGCAUGGGCUCGCCUAGAUCAGCAGCUGCCACCUGGCUCUGAGGAGGAAAGCCAGGGUCUCACCAUCCCCCUGCUGGAAGAUACCAAACAAGCAAGUAUUCAGCAGUGGCUGGACUCUGGAUUCUUGGUCUCCGUAAAUGAAAACUUUCAGCAAGACAUCGACCACACUGUUUCUGUGCGUGAACAAGGGAUGGUGUGCAUGACCGUGACGGACUACAUGAGAUCUCUGCAUCCGUUUUCAGAAACUCCCACCCUUUCUAGAUGGACCAGUUUCAACUCUUGCCAUUCUACUGCAAGUAUACCACAAAGCAUUCCUGAAUGGCUGGAAUUUUGGGAAAAAGAUCCAGUGGAGAUUCUCUUGGAUCUAGGGUUUGGUGCAGAUGAGCCAGACAUCUGCACUCAAAUCCCAGCCAGAUUUCUGGAUUGUGGCUCAGCAGCCAGAGGAAUCAACAACCAGGUUUUUCUUGAAGCUCAGAAGCAGCGAAUGGACAUUGAGAACCCGGACUUGUAUGGUCGUUUCCGACAACUAGAGAUCCUGGACCAUGUAGCCAAUGCCUUCUCAUCUUUGCUGAAUGAUGUUAACAUCCUGCAGAAUAAAGCUGAAGAGAAAUAUGGAGGGGGAAAUGUGCAAGGAACCUCAGUGAGUGAGGCCCAAGAACAUCGAAGAAGAACGGGUGGACUUUUUAGGAGAGCUUCAAAGCAGAGUAUUGCGAAGGACUGCAGCUCAGAAGUGUCAGAGUCAUUGAAGAUAAGGGGCAAAUUUUCCAUUGCCUCUGCAAAAUCAGGAGAAUAUGGAGCAGAAUUAGCAGCUGUGACAAACAACCAUGACCAAAGUUGUUUGUGUCCUUCAGCAGAACACUCGUCUCUCCAAGCCUGUGAUGACUUGGUACCUUGUCAUUCUCCCCAAGCUCUUCUGAGCAAGCAAUGGCCUCACCCAUCCACGCUGGCCAAGAGGGCUCCUCCUUCCUAUAUGUCUGAGCGGUCAGUCAAGGACAGAACUCAGAAGGUGAACUCGAUCCAAGCUAACAAGCUCAAGAGCUUCUCUCGUCUUGCAGGCAAAGUACCAGACUCCUUCGAAAUGGAAGAGGUCCAGAGCUUUGAGGAAGAGAUGGGUAAUCCUCUCGACAUGACUUCAGGAAUUGCAGGUGCCACAGUGAACAGAGAAAACAGCUGCCAGUCUGACAGCAGCGGGUUCCUGGAUGAACCACCAGAACCACUGCCCCUGCAGAUGCCUUCCUUGCCAAGCAGCCAGAGUCCUGCUGAGGAUGGAUGUAGACAGCCGAGGGAUCAGAGCCAGCAUGCAGUCUCACCCCAGGGCUGCCAACCAGAGUCAGAUGAGUCUGAUUACAAGGGUACGGUGGGCACAUCCUUUCCAUAUCAAGGCUGGAGUCUCUUGGAAGAAAAGGCCUCGAUACAAAUGGCGGAGAAAGAGUCUCAGUUUGAGGAUAUGGAGGAGCCACCACGGCCACUGACUCCAGAUAGUGCCCUUCACAGGACCACCAGAGGGGGAGAGCGCUCGGGGAAAGGGAGCCACGUGAGGCAGCCCCCACCCAUGCCCCCAACUGAAUGUGAGACUGUGGUGGGCACAGUCACCUCCACACGUGAUUGUCCUCUAGGGUUUAUGGCAACCCAUAUCGCAAAAAUGAAGGACAGGUUGCUGAAGCCUGAGGGGCCUGGGGAAACACAUGUGCAAAGCCACUGCUGCAAGUUCCAAAGAUCACCUGGAAUUGAACCUGCUCACAACAAGUUCCUCCAUGUUGACUCUGAGGCCCCAACCGAAGAAGAAGGCAGUAAAACUUAUUCUGACACCAACAGUAUCUUACCGAUGGGAGAAAGUCCACCACAGCACAUCCCCAAGCCCAGUAACAUCAUGCCCUAUACAGUUGACCUCAUUCAAAUAUCCGAAAAGUCCAUUCCCCACCUAGGCAAACUGGCUGGAGAUACUCCCCAAGCAAAGCCAAUAUUUAGUGCUUUGGGUCAAAUACCACGUAGGGCAGAACCUGAGAUGGAAAACCUUCCUCCAAAUGCUGACUCAAACACUGUUAGCUCCAAGGCCGUGACAGUCCAGAUGUCCUCCAAUCUGGCAUCGGCUGCUCAGAAUGCUGUGGCUCUGGGGACUGAUUCUAAAGGAACAACUUUAGAAUGCACUCUGUGUGACCCUGUCCCCACAACAGAACCAGGACUGGAGACAGAAUCAAGACAGUGCAGUGAUGUUUCCAUUCAGACCUAUAUACGUGAGCCUAGGCCCUGGCAUUGCUGUUUGGCCCCAAGUCUCACCAAAUCUGCCUCUCUAGACACAGGCUUCCCUCGUAUCUACCCAGCGGGCAUCAGCCAUGAUGUACCCGCUCACUGCUGUGUCUGCUGUCAUCACUGUUCGCACUGCCACUCAGAGAGGCAGAGCCCCAACCCUGCGCCCUCAGCCUGUAGGCACUGCCCAUGCUUCCAUAAUCAUCUGGAGGCCCAGUUCAUGAAGACUUUGAACGUCCUUCAGGACACUACAGUGAGGGAGUUGUGUUCUUGCACAGUCCAGGAGAUGGAAGCCAUGAAGACGGUGUGCCAGUGUUUCCGGGAGCAUUUAGAGGAAAUUGAACGGCACCUUACAGGACAGCAGGCACUCUUUUACAGGGACAUGUCAGAGGAGGAAAGGGAAGAGGCAGAGCAACUGCAGAGUCUACGCCAGGCCCUGCGGCAGCAGGUGGAGGAGCUGGAGUUUCAGUUAGGAGACCGGGCUCGGCAAAUCAAAGACGAGAUUCUAUUGCAGUUUGAGCUUCUCACAGAGGAACAAUGGAAACACUAUACAAAUCUGCAUCACUGUAACUGGACAGAAGAAAACGAUGGCCAGACUUCGUGUGCUAAAAUCCACUCAGCCAUGGCCUCCCGGGUUGCCUUUCUUCUGGAUGAAUACCAGCAGGUUCCCGGCUCAAGCGUGACCCAUACAGCUGCCUGUUCCCCACCCACCUGGAAGAGCAACACCAGGAUAUCUCCUCCAGCUCAGGUUGAGUCAGGUCCAGUCCCUUUGUCAAAUUGUCCUAUUGGAGAAAAGGAUACAAAUGACUUCCUCUAGAUCAGAGCUGUUUUGAUGACCUUCCUGCAAAACAUAAGAGCACAUUCUCACCAGACAAGGAAAUCUAAAUUUCCCCCCAAAAGGUGUCUAUCAAUUCUUCUUCAGCUAUUUUUGAAAACAUUCUACUCUGGGGGGCAGCUGGGGGGCUCAGUUGGUUAAGUGUCUGACUUUGGCUCAGGUCAUGAUCUUGGGGUUCAUGAGUUUUAGCCCAGCGUCGGUCUCUGUGCCGACAGCUCAGAGCCUGGAGCCUCCUUUGGAUUCUGUCUGUCUGUCUGUCUCUCUCUCUCUGCCCCUCCCCUGCUCAUUCUCUGUCUUUCUCUCGAAAAUGAAUGAACAUUAAAAAAGUUUUUUUUUUAAAUAUUCUACUCUGGGGAUGACUGGGUAGCUCAGUCAGUUAGGCCUCUGACUCUUGAUCUCAGCUCAGGUCUUGAUUUCAGGGUCAUGAGUUCAAGCCCCGUAUUGGGGCAUGAAGCCUACUUAAAUAUACAUAUAUUCUGUUGUUGAACCCAGGAGAAACUCAAUAUUUCAAUAUUCAUUCAAUACAGAAUAAAUGAGCACCUACUGUGUUCCUGGCACAGGGAAUAUGUAUCUUGGUAGCCAAGAUGUUAGACAAAGAGAGAAAAUAACAACAAACGAGUAAGAUAAUUUCAAUAUUGACAAAUGCCAUCGGAGAGGAUAGUGUGGGAACAACGUAGGGGGUGGUGUGGAAGAAAAGCAUAUGGCAUUCCUGAGGGUGACAAGGAAGACCUUGCUGACAGGAGGCUAUUUGACUAAGACCCAAAGAGUGAGGAAGAGGAAGCCAUGUGAAAUUCUGGGGAAAGAACCUUUAAAGCAGAAGGAAUGGGAACCUUAACGGCCCUGAGACAAAAACAGCCGGAGUCGCUGAGCACAUGAGUGAUGGGAGCACGGAGGGAGACGAAGUCCACGGGACCCAUUGUGCACCAGAGUCUGAGAGCAGAUCCUUCUUCCAUGUGGAAGCCAUUACAGGUUUUAAACAAGAUUGUCAUAUAGUCAGGGUUACAUCUAAAAAUCACGCGGACUGCCUGUGGAGAACACACCGCCGGGGACUGGCAGCUGGGCAGCACUUCCGGUCAUGACACCAUUGGUAUAAUUCCUGAGGUGAGAAAGUGUCAAGCUGCUUCCGUGCAGCCGGAGAGGUGUGUGAGGCCGCCAUCCCAGGGAAAUGCAGGAUGCAUUGGCAGGCUUGAAAUACUGAAGGAAUGCUAAGGAACAGGGAAUAAUCGAGGAAUGGAAUCGUCAGAAAAACCUCAUGGAAAAAGUAACCCCUUGAGAGAAGUUAUAAUUUGUAUAAGAUGGGCAAGUGGAGGUCACUUCCUAGCACAGAAACUAGGAGGCUAAUUCUUUUGAGACCCCCCACUACCAGAAUGGGUCGCCUAGCCCUUCUCAUGCUUCAUCCUCCUUGCUUUUCAGAAACCUUUGGCUUCAGUAGACCUCUCCUACCCUCUGGACCAUCCCACAGUCUCUUCUUUUUCUCUCUCCACACCCACUUCCCCAAUAUACACACUCAGUCUACAAGCAUCUUUAGCUCCAGUUCCCGCCCUCUCUGGAAUUCCUAUCCAGCACUUUCUACUCUCUGUCAGAUAGUUUCACCCGGAAGACCUGCCUGUAUGUCUCACUCAGCAUCUAACACUUAUCCUGUUAUUUCCCGAAUCAGUUCAUCUUCCUGAUACUCUGUUGAUGGCAUUACUGUUCUCCUUGACAUGCAGACUCAGAACCACAAAUUCACGUUGUCGCCUCAUCCUCCUUCACUCUCUUCCCCCAGAAUCAAUGAACACAUCACUGCUGAGUUUACUGCCGUAAUGCCACUCCCACAAGCCCCUUCAGAACCUGUUACCCAGUGAAGACCCAACAGAGGGGCCUCCUAACUGCCUCUAGCUUCCUUCCCUCUGAGCUAUACUGGCCUCUGCCAAAUUGGUCUCCCUCAUGCAUCACUUGGGUCAAAUUACACUGGCCCAGCAAGAACUUUUAGGAUAUCCUAGAGACUUAAAGAGAAGUCACAAGAUCAUACUUCCCAGAGCAGUUUUGCACCAAAAAAACUCUGUGUCUUGCCAUUAUUAUGCCCCUCUCUGUAUCUCCCGUUGCUUCAUUUCCCUUUAGUACAUCCCUGUUUUGGCUCCUGCAAGAUGGUUCAGCUUCCAGCCCCAACUUGGCUCCUGUUAUAUUGCAUAUAUAUCCCCCUAAAUUGUCUUUUUCUAAAAUUUUUAAGCUUUUUCCUCUUUGUCUGGGUCAGACUCCAGGCUCCCUGGUUUAUCUUUAUUUCUCCAAUGUAGGCUUUGGAAAGUUUGCUGUGGUUUCUGCCUGGAUAAUCAGCCAGAUGACUUCAGAUAUGAUGGAAAAGGAAAAGGAGACCUGUUGCCUUCAGAUGAAGGGUAGCAUAUGGAAACCCCAAGGAUCGCUAAACAUCUCAUGGCAUUUCCUUACUUAGUCUCCUAACUUUCCAACAAAGAGCGCAAACAGGGAACCAGGAUGUGGAGAGGCUGCCCAUCUCUCCAGAACCAUGACUGUCUUCAGCCCCCGAUGACCUGAUUGCCAAUGCUAUAACUUCCAUAGCUCAUGCCCUUCCUCUCAUAGACAUGAGACCUCUGGAAACCCAGGCCACCUGGGGAUCUGUGGAUUACUGCUGGUGUCCACAGUGGUUCUCCAUCUUGAAUACCCUUUAAACUCACUGGGGAGCUUUAAAAAAUACUGACAUUGAAGCCCCACCCCAGAUCAAUUAAAUAAGAAUUCCCAGGGAUGGGAUCCAGGUAUCUACAAAUUUUUAAGGUUCUUCAGAUGAUUCUGAUUUGCAGUUAAAACUGAGAAUUGUUGUUCUAGACAGAGAGGCUACCUUAAAAUUCAAUCUUUCCCUGCUGUUUUCUAAGGACUAUUUGAUUUCCCCUUUUCCUUUCUAUACCACCCCUCUCAGCUAAAGAAGUCUUUCACAAUCCAUUUGGUUACGACAGUCACUAAAUAACAAAAUUAGGAGAGAAAAGAAAGAAAAAAUGGCAUGUGGACUUUAUUUCUGUUUUUACAGCAUUGACUUCUACCUUGCUCAUCAGUUUCAUCUUUAUUUAUAGAGAAGCAAUAAACAGAUGACUUUGUUCUGUUUUCCUUCCUUUCCCAAAAGUCUUAUUCCAAAUGUGAUGAAACAGAUUAAAUAUACAUAUUUGAUUAGGUAGGUCAGGGUAAGGAUUGUUUGUUUCCUCCAUCGAACACCUUCAUUCUCUUGCAGGAAACGUCUGUAUAAAGUAGCCAAUUACAAAAAUUAUGGAAAUUUCUUUUCAAUGUAUACAGUUGUUCCACCCAGAGGAUACAACACAAACAUUCUAGGAAGGUGAGCAAUUAGGCAAUUUUCCUUUACAAUGUAAACAUUAAAAGUAAAUGCAAGGCUGGGUGUUUGAAUAUUAUUUAUAGCACCCGAAGAUACGAAGCAAGUCUCUCAAGGAUAGAAUCCACAACAAGCGCUCAGGUAACUCAAAAACUCUGACCUUAUGAUGUCACCUGUCUUUCGUUCUUCCACCUUCUCCAUAAAUAAACUUCGAAAAUUCAUGUGUAUAAGUACCGUGUGCCAACUGAAUGCACCACUGGAGCACUGGCUGUUGUAUGGAAACCAAUUUGACAAUAAAUUUCAUAUUUAAAAAAAUAAAUAGGGGCGCCUGGGUGGCGCAGUCGGUUAAGCGUCCGACUUCAGCCAGGUCACGAUCUCGCGGUCCGUGAGUUCGAGCCCCGCGUCGGGCUCUGGGCUGAUGGCUCGGAGCCUGGAGCCUGUUUCCGAUUCUGUGUCUCCCUCUCUCUCUGCCCCUCCCCCGUUCAUGCUAUGUCUCUCUCUGUCCCCAAAAUAAAUAAAAA